CCGCCGCUGCUGUGAGGAGCGUCGUGUUUCGGAGCGCCAGCGCUGCAGAGGCUACUCAGGUGUUCAACCACACAGGCAACUUUGUGUCGUUUUUCUUCCUCUUUUUGCCACAUAAUUCACUGAGCUGGAGGGAGGACUUCUCUCGUUUCUCGCUUCUUUUUUGUCGCGUUUCCACCGCAUUUCCAGCUUUUUAAGUUUCGUUUUCUUACAUCACUUUGUUGGACUUACAACACCAAGUGGCCAGGUUUGAACAGGUGCCAGGAUGGAUGAGGCGGAGAAGUACAAACAGCGACUGGAGGCCAUUGCUGAGAAGCGUCGGCUGCAGGAGGAACAGGACAAAGCCAGAAGAGAGAUGGAGGAUGAGAAACUGAGACUACAACAGCUCAAGAGAAAGUCUCUGAGGGACCAGUGGUUAAUGGAAGGAGCUCCUUUGUCCCCAACCUCCCUGGACGCCCAGAGCCCUCGCUCCCCUCUGUGGGGCUCCCAGGCCCAGGAGAUCGAAAAGCGCAUUGACAAGUUGCAGGCAGAGAGUCAGCAGCUGGCAGAGGAGGAAGAGAAGCUGAAGGAGCAGAUGGAGGAUGGCCAAACGGAGUCAGUGAAAGUGUCAGAGGCCGGAGUAGAAAUAGUCCAAGAUGCUGUUUUGCAGAAUGGAGAAAACAAUGCAACAGGAUUAAAAACAACUGAAGAAGAAGUAAAGGCAAACCAAACCCCACUACUUGAAGAGGCAGCAGCUGUGCUAACCAAUGGCAGAGGAGACACAGAGGCAAACAUAAAUCAUGAUACUGCAGAGCAGAUAACUCAGUCCGCCACCAACGGGCCACUCGGAGAAAGUGAGAGUGUUGUUAGCAUGAAGUUGGAACCUGUGUUGAGCCAGGCUGUCUCUGAAGCAGAACUUGGUCAGGUUCCAAAUUUCAUUGACAUUCACGAGGAGGAAGAAGGGACACUGGUAAUGAGAGCAGAACGUGUGAUCAUCACAGAUGAAGGGGAUGAUGUACCUGAGGAUCUUACACCCCAGGAAGAUCAGCAGAAGACUAUGCAGCCAGAGGAAACCCCUCUUCCAAAUGCAGAAGCAGCCACAGAGGGAGGGGAGGCUGUGGAGGAGGUGAUAAAAACAGAAGCAGAUCCAGAAACUUUCACAGAAUCAGAAAAGGGACCCUCUCCAGGGGCACAACCAACAACUGGAGAUGCAGACGUGGAGAACGGAGACGGUGAGACAAAAGCUGAAGCAGAGGACAACCAAUUAGAAGUUCCAGCCUCUGUGCAGCUGCAGUCCCCAGCCAAUGCUCUAGAGGGCACUACAGUGGCUUUGGUGCCAGUCUAUUCUGAGGCGCAACCCUGCACUCUCACCCCGGAGCAAGGGGCAAAGGCUGAAGCUACAACAACACUGGAGGGAGCUGAGGCAGCUUUAGUCCAAGACCCUGUCCAAGACCCUGCAACCAUGCCUGGUCAGUUCCAGGAGGUUCCCCUGGCCGAUCCCCAGGAGAUGCAGAGGACAGAGCCAGAGCCGGGGGAGCAGGAACCCCUUCUGUCCCAGGCCAAAGCCCCCAACACUCAGGCAGAGCCGGCAGCAGCCAGCACAGAGACACACAGCCCAACCAGGGCUAACCAGGGAGAGGAGAAUGAAGCACCCAAACGCAAAACCUGCCAGUGCUGCUCUGUCAUGUAAAUGCCCGCUUUGUAAACUCAUUUCCUCUCUCCCUCUUCAGUCUGCCAGUUUCCCUCAGUCUGUCUUUCUGCUGUAAAAUUCAUAACACACUCCUUCCCUUGUCCCUUUAUUUUGUGCACCCAUCCUUUUUCAAAUCAGUACGCCCACAAGCUACUUCCCUUUCCUCUCUUUUUACUCUCUGCCCUCAUUCCUUGUAGUCAUCUUGAAACUCUCUCGUCCCAUUCUUAAGCUUGGGUUCUCCAAAGAGGAAGUGAGUUCUCUCCAACAUGAAGAGAGAGGAAGUAUGGACUGGACUUGUCAGUAUUUAAGUGCCUUUUGGAGCUCACUACCCAUGACUGCACUUUUUAAAUUUUCUUCACACAGUGUGGACCAAAACACAUGGAGGUGUUUUUUUUACACAGUUUGAGUUUGAUUUAAUGUUCCCGGUUCGCAGAUAAGCCAGCCAAACUACACAAGAUCACAAAAAUCCACAUUUUAGUCGCAGUCAAGCGGAAAACAGACUGAAGAUGUUUUAUUGUAAGCUGUUGUAUCUACAUGUAUAAUUCAUUGGCUAGUUUUCAUAAUGUAAAUAUGAGAGUAAACUGGAAAAGAUGUGGAGAGGUUCAGAGAGGAUAUUAUUCUAAUUUAAUGACUUUAAAGUUGAAUUAUUUUAUUGAUUUUGGUCUUUUAUUAGUGAUCUUUUUAAUCCAAGUAUAGGGCCAGAACAUUUUUAUUCACUCUGCAAUACAGAUUACACAUACUUAGUAGUAUGAGAUAGUCUCAUUUAUAAAUGACAUGAAUUGUUUUAAAAGAGAGAUUAUUUUAAAAUACCUGGAAGUGAAUGAAUGAAAUGAAUUUUGUAUUUUUACU